AUGACCUCUUUGGUAGAGAGCACCCAUCACUUCACCUCGAGAUGCACCGAGGUCGGUCUUAGCCGGGAUACGCUCCGUGCUUUUGCAGCUCAUGGAAUCGACACUUUGAGUAAGUUGGCUUACUCGUGCGGUCAACCGGGGGCGCCGUUGCCUCAAUCGGACUUUGAUGACUUCAUUGCUACCGUGAUACCUGCAGCUCUCUUGGGCGAGAAAGGAAGUGUGAAGAGGCUCAUCUUUGAGAGUCAGGCGUUACUGCUCACUGAUCUGCGUGAACAAGUUACGCAGCCCGACAAGUGGGCUACCAAAAAUGUGCCGACCGUCGAACGGCAGAAGAGAAUGGAGGCUGUGAAAGCCAGCAUCCCAGGAGUGUUGGUUGAAGGGUCCUUGGAGCCAUCGCAUGGGCUCCUCAAUGCUGCUUGCCGCAUGGAACGUGAAGGCCAACUGCGCUACAUUGCACCUGAGCAGUGUGGCACAAGAAUGUAUGAAAUCCAGAACGUCAAGGCACAGAGCAAGGUUCUUUCUUUGGAAGAGGGCAAGCUUGCGAUUUCAGAAGAAAAGGAUUUGCCUGAGGUCACUUGUGGGUCCGCCUUGUUGCUACAAGAGGCUUUGAAAAGGCGGGGGAUCGCCCUUCAGUUUGCGGGUGUGGCUUCCUUCCUCGCUCACGAGAAGUAUGUAUUGAAGCUCUUCGGCCACAUGGGUCGAGAGCCCCCUCCGGGGCACGCGAGAACCAGUGUGCACCAGCUCCUCACUGCUGACCGCCAGGUUUGGACAAAGUUGAUCGAGGACGAGGUUAGCCCAAGGCGCAGCCCGGCUGGCACCUACCCCGUGGACGAUGCACUGUUACCCGCGUUGCAAUCGUAUGAUGUCACUGUUGCGCUGCUCCCCAGGGAAUCCUCUAAGGAUGGUAAAAAGCGUUUUGCUCCGACCAAGAAGCAUCAGAAUGAGCGUGAACCGAAGGUUGGCAAAGGUGAUGGAGGCAAGGGUCCUGGCAGAGGCAAGGGCAAGCGCCCAACAUGGCAGCCAAGUGUGCCGGAGGCUAUACGCAAACUCGGCGGGAGUGCCCAAACUCCGGACAAGAAGCGCAUUUGUUUCUCCAGGAAUCUGCCUUGUGGUUGCACCCUUGACCCGAGUGUCCACAGCGCAAAAAGUGACAUCCGAGCCACACUGCGGAUGCUUGUGCUCCAAGCUUUUCCGGAGGCCGAUUUUGGCGCGGUUGCAGUUUUUAAGAAUUUGCGAACACCUCUACAUGUCGACAUUAACAACUCUCCGGGAUCGGUAAAUUACUUGAUUCCUGUGUCCUCUUUCACAGGUGGCGAGGUGUGGCAAGAAGGACAGGGAUCCGUUGUUGUGCACGAUGAGUUGGGCCAUCCACUCAUGGGCUCGCUCCUUCCGGUUGCAGACGGGCCCUGUGUCGUAGAUCCGCGGCGCACCCAUUGUACCAUGCCGUGGGUUGGUGAGCGUGUGCUUCUCGUUGCAUUUAAGCCUGCGCAUACUCGUGAUUUGUCCAUAGCCUUCAAACAGCAGCUCCUGAGCUUAGGUUUUCCCAGCCGGGCAUUAGGUUUGUGUGCGUCGGAGGCAAAUUUGUUGCCUCCAUCACCGCCUCUGCCAGAGGCUAGCUUGCUGCCGAUGAGACCGGUUCUUCCGAACUCCGAUGUCGUUUGGAAUGACCCCCUUGUUAUCGAGCUUUUCGCGGGCAACGGCCGUGUCACUGCUUGCCUCAAGCAGUUGGGACUUUCGGAGUGGCUCGCUUCUCCUAGAUUGGCCGGCAUUUUUGCUACGCCCCCAGCCUUCACCGCUGCCAAUGCUGAUGCAAUCACAUUCUUGUUGCAUGUGUUGUCCACAGCCUUGACCAAUGGAGUCCUUUGUGCCAUAGCGAACCCUCGACAAAGUCGCUUCUGGCAAAAUCCUCAGUGGAGGGCUGUUGCCUCCUCUUUUCGUUUUCUUGCCAGCCAGGAGUGUACCUUCGGUGGCAGACAUGAUGAUCACACCGUUUUCGCUGUGUCGGAUAGUGGCUUUGACAAGUUGGCUCGUUCCUGCCCCGGCCCUCCGUGCCAAGCCUUGAAUCGCUGCCCCGAUCCUGGCACCGGUUACCCUGCUCACCUUGCAAUGCAAGUAGCAUGCUGCUUCGCUGAAGUGUUCGUCAAGAGAGGUUGGCAACCGCCUAGCCAGUGUUUCGAUGCAUUCGACCCUCGACUUCAAGUGCCGAUGUCACGCGCUCUAGCAGGUGCUCAGCCUCCGGCUAGCAAGAUUCCUCCGCUCGUCCCGGAACAUAAGCAGGUGGUCGUGCUCCGCCACCCGCCUGGCCUCCAACUACCGUGCCAGCCCAUGCAGCGUCUUACUACAGAUUGGCUCGUGCCUCAGGGGUGCCAUGCACCCUGCGCCUGCAUUCCUGCGAAAUCCCAGCUUCUCAGGCACGUGCCGAUAGGUCAAAGUGGGGGCGACGAGACUGUGAAAGUAGGUUUGUGGGAAAUGGCUUGGGGAAUUCCUUGGGACCCAGAAGAGUUUAUGAAGACGGCCAAUGAGUCCAGCCAUCCUCGGACCAUUGGAUCUGUGCUCCCUCAGCCACUUAAGGAUUCUCUUGAUGCAUUGGACGAGAAGAAUGACGCCGAAGUAACCGAGCUUAGAGCUAGGGUUAUUAAGGAGUGGGUUCACCUGUCGGUUUCCCUUGCUCAGGAUGAAGCAAAGUUGAAAGCAAGCAUGCACCCUGACGUCCGUGCCAUCACCGAACCAAAACGCAUUUUGCUGUGGGAGUCUCUGAUGGCGAAGUACGCUUAUCCUGACCCUGGAGUGUCCAGUCUCCUCAAGGAAGGGAUUCCCUUAGUGGGUCACGCGCCCAUCUCGGGCGUCUUUAAGCCGAAGUUCAAACCUAUGCAAGCCACGCCGGAGCAAGUGCGCGAAGAUUUUCAUGAUUUUCGGAAAAAGGUCCAUAAGUCCCUUAAGCCCCAGGAGCACUCCCUAAUGUCCGAAGUUUUUGAAAAAACUGAGAAGGAGCUAGAGGCGGGCUGGAUCAUUGGCCCUCUUAGCGAAUCCAACUUGUGCUCAGGAACUUUGGUGAGCAGGCGGUUCGGAUUGCGGCAAGGCCCGAAGGUCAGGUGCAUUGACAACUUGACUUCGUCUGGGGUGAACUUAGCAGUGCAGGCUUAUGAAGCUCCCCAACCGCAGUCCACUGAUGUGGUGGCUUCCACGUGCCAGCGUCUUCUUAGGUACAUCAAAAGGAAAGUAGGCAAGGCCGUCUUCAACCUCCUGGGAAAAGCUUUUGACCUUACCGCUGCCUAUAGGCAGCUACCGGUGCACCCGGGCAGCGAGUGGGCUUCAUACAUUUGCUUGAUCCAUCCGAAGACUCAUGAGAGAGUGUACUUCCGCAUGAGGGCGAUGCCUUUCGGCUCUUCCAUGGCGGUGUAUAGUUUCUUGAGAAUCAGCCACUCGCUCUGGUUCUUAGGAACCAAAGCCCUGCUUCUGCCCUGGUCGUCGUUUUUCGAUGACUAUAUAACAUUUGCCACUUCCGGCCAAGCUCUGUCGGCGGAAUCGUCUGUCACUGCAAUGUUCAAGUUACUUGGAUGGGCCUUCGCUGAGUCCGGUGACAAGUCGCAUGACUUUGCAAAAUGCUUCACUGCAUUGGGAAUAGUUGCUGACCUGAGUAAGGUUUGCGACGGAGUGAUUUACUUUAAGAAUACGGAAAGGCGUAUUGAGGAAAUCAAAUCCUUUGUGCAAAAAGUGUUGGAGGACGGCCGCCUUCCACAUCAUGAAGCGCUUCGCCUCAGAGGGAGGUGUCAGUUUGCAGAUUCGCAAAUCUUCGGCCGCACUGGGAAGAAGUGUCUAGGUUUGAUCACUGCACACGCCUAUGGUCUCGAGGAGGCUAUCAGUCACGAGCUUCGUGUGUCGCUUGAAAGGUUUCUGCAAAGGCUUGAGUGCGUUGCACCGCGACUUAUCAAGAUCCUUGAAGGCGGGUUCUGGAAGGUGUACACGGAUGCAUCCUACGAGCCGGGUACAACCACGAGUUACUGUGGAAUAGGCGGUGUGUUGGUUGAUCCUAGUGGUGUGCCUAGAAAGUUCUUUUCUGCUGUUUUGGACGAUUCCCAAAAGAUUUUCUUAGGCGAAUCCAAGUCAGCCCAGAUCAUUUUUCAAGCAGAAUUGCUGGCGCUCACAAUCGCUAUGGAUGCUUGGUCACACGACUUUAAAGGCUGCCCUGUAAUUUUCUUCGUGGACAAUAACGGGGUUCGUGACAUCACCAUUUCGGGGCAUGCGAAAGCGUCGAUAGCCAGGCGACUAUUGGAGAUUUUCUUGCAAUUGGAGCAUGAUGCUUCAGUCGUGCCUUGGUACGCGAGGGUACCCUCACCAUCGAACCCCGCUGAUGAACCUUCGCGGAUCGAAUGCAAAAGCCUGUGUCUCUUGGGCGUUCAUCUUGAUAGAUCGCUUGUGGGCGGCCUCAUCACAGCUUGCUUGAAGAAGGUGCAGGGACUCCGGUGA